CUCCGAUCUACCCAUUUUUACAGCGACCACUCUCUCUCUCUCUCUCUCUCUCAGGGUCUCCUCUGUUACGCUUUCCCUUCGUCUUCCUUUCCAUCCCAUCCCUUCUCUAUUAAGCUCGCUCUCUCUCUCUCUCUCUCUCUCUGCUCUGCUCUGCUCAUAUCCGCUUGCAUCAGAUCUUCCGCUACCUUUCUCCUCCUCAAACCUGCUCUCAGCUCCUGUCUCUCUGUUGCUCCCCCUGCCCCACCCACACUUUUGUAGGCUAUCUAUCGUACAUCUGCGCUCCCCUUCAGACUGAUUGCAGUUGCGGAUGUUGAUAAGAAGGGGCUGACAAUGCGGUGAGGUUUGCAUGGAUCUCACUGAAUUGUAGCCUAGGGUUUUUCUCGUCUCUUGUCUACAAGGAAUCGGUGAGACGGCUGCUAUGGACUCGUACAAGGGCAUGUCCUCCGACAACAUCAAGGGAUUGGUGUUGGCCUUGUCUUCAAGCUUCUUCAUUGGUGCUAGCUUCAUCGUCAAGAAAAAGGGCUUGAAGAAAGCUGGGGCUUCAGGUGUUAGGGCAGGUGUUGGAGGUUAUUCUUACUUGUACGAGCCACUAUGGUGGAUUGGCAUGAUAACGAUGGUUGUUGGGGAAAUCGCAAAUUUUGCAGCUUAUGCAUUUGCACCAGCUAUCCUGGUCACUCCUCUUGGUGCACUAAGUAUAAUUAUCAGUGCGGCACUUGCACACAUCAUCUUAAGGGAGAAGCUGCAUAUAUUUGGGAUUCUCGGUUGUGUAUUAUGUGUUGUGGGAUCAACAACAAUUGUCCUACAUGCUCCUCAAGAACGGGAAAUUGAGUCAGUGAAGGAAGUAUGGGAUCUUGCAACCGAGCCUGCUUUUCUUUUCUAUGCGGCUUUGGUAAUUGCAGCCGUCUUUGUACUCAUCGUCCAUUACAUACCACUGUAUGGGCAGACGCAUGUCAUGGUCUAUAUUGGCGUCUGUUCACUCGUGGGUUCACUGUCGGUCAUGAGCGUUAAAGCACUUGGAAUAGCUUUGAAGUUGACCUUUUCAGGAAUGAAUCAGUUAGUAUAUCCCCAGACAUGGGUCUUCAUCCUGGUUGUGGCCACCUGUGUUAUAACUCAGAUGAACUAUUUAAACAAGGCGCUUGAUACAUUCAACACUGCAGUCGUAUCACCAAUAUACUAUGUUAUGUUCACAUCAUUAACUAUUUUGGCUAGCAUAAUCAUGUUCAAGGAUUGGGACCGACAAAAUCCGACUCAGAUAGUUACGGAGAUGUGUGGGUUUGUCACAAUUCUUUCCGGCACUUUCCUUCUUCAUAGAACAAAAGACAUGGUGGAUGGUCCAGGAUCCACACGCCUGCCCAAGCACGCGGAUGAGGAUGGUUUUGAUGUGGAAGGUAUCCCGUUACGCUGCCCUGAGUCCUUACGAACCUCAUGAGAAGUCGCAUAUGAUACUCGUGUCAGUAAUCUGUUUCUCCCUAAAGUCGCUCACAUUUUGGGCAAGGAUUUUCAGCCAUCCUGUGUUUUUGAAUCCCUUGUCGGGGUGGUCCGGCUAUCUUGUUUUAACAAUUGGGGGGCAGUGGAAAGAAAGCUGAAAAGUCGCUAUCGUGGGGCCAGGUAUGCGUGAUCGGUUCCAUAUUAUCGCGUGCUGCACCCUCGUUUUUAGUUUCGUUAGUUGCCCUACAUGGGUCAACAACCUCUUCGGCAAUUGUAAUUUCGAGCAUGAAUAUUUUUUUCCCCCCUCCUUGUAUACAUACAUGUAUUCUAGAAUCAGAUUGGCCAGGAAACGAUGUCAAUGUGAUAGGACAUCCACGGUCCCGCUCAUGUGGGUGUGAGUUCCCUC